AAAGGACUGGUACAAAAUCCUGGGUGCAAAGCCAUCAGACAGUCCAGCGGAACUGAAACGGAAGUACCAAAAACUCGUUUUAUUAGUGACCUAACAGGAUUGUUACAUGGGGAGUGCACACAAGUGAAAAUAUGUUUGUUACCACCCUGUGAACUCCUGAAUGUGCAGCAGCUGGCACUGGCACUUUUAACUCUCCUAUGUGGGAUUCCUGCAGCUGAUUCCAAAACAUUGAUAUGUCUCCCCAACUUUGCUAAACAUUCAUGGAUGGACUGAGCCAAACACUCAUUCAUCAGUAUCACCCAGACAAACAGAAGGCAGAUGUGCCAGCAGGAGAAGUGGAGGAGCGCGUGCAGAGGUUCAUCGAAAUUGAUCAAGCGUGGAAAAUUCUAGGGAAUGAAGAGACAAAGAAAGAGUAUGACCUGCAGCAGCGUGAAGAUAAUCUGACAAAAGAAUGGCCACUACAUGCACAAAUUUGUCUUGAGGAUAUGUCCUGGAAUGAAGAUGAACAAUGCUAUACUCUCUCAUGUCGCUGUGGUGGGAAUUACACUAUCUUCAAGAGUGAAACCAAAGACGCGUCUUUGGUUUGUUGUGACACAUGUUCACUUGUUAUUGAGAUCCUUCAAUGAUUGUUUCAAUCAAGCACAUUAAAAGUUACAGACUUUUUAAGAAGACUGGACAGAGUUGAGACAGCAUCUGGUAAAGAAAUGUAAGGCGGGCACUACAAGAACAAGUUGAGUCGGGCUUAAGAAAGGAAGUGCACCCAUUUGCUAACAUAGCUCUGCAGACACGGGGCUUGGUGCUUUCCUCCUUCCACAGCUGAAAAGCUAGUUAUUAAAAACCUCCAGAACAGAACACUAAGUUCUGUACAACUGGAAUAUAUCUCAUGAUCUAAAUGACAUUUCUUUCACAGCACACAACAGAGUAACUUCUUUCAUUCUCAGUCUCCAUCAACUCUACCUUGGGCCCAGCCUCUUAGGUUAAAUCCUUUUAAAGCUCAGGUGACAAAAUUUAAUCAAGAGGCAUACAUGUGAGAAUGCUUUGAAGACAAUCGAAGGUGCAUUAAUGGGAAACUGGAACAUAUUCUAUUUCUAUGCUAAAUAUUUAACUUACUUAAAUCCUCACAAGGACUUGAGCCUUGAUAAGAGAGAGCAGACUUGCAAACCUAACAGGCUUGUUGUCUCGGUACUUUAACUUUUCAGCUCAGAGCAGGAGCACAGUUUGAACUGACUCUCUCCAUCAUCUGAACAAAACUAGUCUUCGUUCCUUAGAUGAAAAGUAACCAGGAAGCUGGUCCCUGACCCCUCCAGGGCCAAACUAGAGCCAGUUUAAGGAAAACCCUACAAAACACAUUUAAGUGACUAGCAGCUCCAGAGCCCCACUAUUCUGUUUUCAGUUCUGUUUUCAUGCCACACAACUUGCCAAUUUAGGCAGAGGCUGCCUGCGGCUCAGGAUAUAUGAUGACAUAAGAGUGCAUUGUGCCAUUUCCAUCCCUUGGUCAGUCGCUGCUUUCUAAUAAAUCCAAGCACGUACUGUGGAUAACCAUGAGAGGAAAAUGAGAAAGUGGCAUAUCAUUUUUGUUGAUGACAGCAGUGUAUCAUUCCUACUUGCAAGUUAGAUGUAAUCUCAGAGACAGACAUCCUUGUCAAGUAAUACUUGCAUUUAUUCUAAACAAAAAUAGUUCCAUUGUUUUUAGUAGAAAAUAUUAUGAAAGCUGGUAACAGUCAUUUAAAUGUUUUAGUCAUCAAGGAAUCUAUGGCUAUUAGGGCUUGCACGAAGAAAUCCAAAGUCAUUCAGAGGCCAUAUCUGUAAAAUAAAAGUUACAAGAGAUUUUAAUUACAA